CCCCUGUGUGUAUUUGGGGUUAGGGUUAGACUCAGGUAUUUCUCACCCUGUCGAGGAGAAGAGGGAGCGGAGCCCGUGGCUGCCUGAGAACCUUAGGGAUCCCUGAAAGAGAGAGCGGGAGGGAGAGAAAGAGAGGCAAGGGUCCAGCGCCUUGAGUGCGGAGUGAGAAUGCUGUAAGGAGCACAGUUCAGGGAGGAAAUAAACAGGACUUUUCCAUCUUUAUUUAAAAAAAGACAGUGGACUAUCCGAUCCCCGAUACGUAGGGUGAGGGUCUGGUCUGAGUGGAUUGUACAGAACCAAACAGACAUAACCAGCACCAUGGGAGCCCCCAGGGUGAAGAAGUCCGUUUUCUCGCGGCUGCUCGUACUCCUAUUGUGCAUCCCCCCCUCGCUCGCACAGGACGAGUACUCUGGUUACCACUCAGGUGAUGAACACACCUAUGAGGGCUCCUUGGUCGACAACUAUGAGCAUUCAGGAUACCCACACCCAGAGGAAUACCCACCGGAGCCCACUCACAGCUAUGAGGAGCAGCAACCCUCAUCUGGAUAUGACCCCUAUGCACCAGCCCCCACCAGCGUGAGCAUGAUCACAGAGGACUCCUACCCCUACACCACCACUACACAGGUGCCAUACGAGCAGGAGCCCUACUACGAAGAGUCGCUCCAGGCCCCUGGUGGUGGGGAGGCUUCUCUGGGGGAGGAGGGGCCAACCGACUGUAACUGUGAGCCAGGAGAGCCAGGGUUCGCUGGGUUUGCAGGGCCCAAGGGAGCCAGAGGACUGCAAGGUAAAGAUGGCUUCCCUGGGGCUCAAGGACGGGAGGGGUACAAAGGAUUCAAAGGAGUUCUAGGAAGAGGCGGAGACACAGGGCCUGAGGGUGACUCCGGGCCUGAUGGGGAGGACGGUGCUUCUGGUUUCUCUGGAGCCCAGGGCUUGCCUGGUCUUCCUGGCGAUCCAGGUGAGACUGGGGUGCUAGGACUGAAGGGUGACAUCGGUAUGGAGGGGCCACGCGGAGGAGUCGGGGUUCCGGGUGAGACUGGUCCAAUUGGUGAGGCAGGGCCUGGUGGUCUUGAUGGAACUGGAGGUAUCAAGGGAUCAACUGGAGCAGAAGGGAAACAGGGUCCUGAAGGAGCAGAAGGGGAAAAGGGUCAGAUUGGAGCACCUGGAUUCUCAGGAGACCAUGGGGAGAUGGGCUAUAAUGGGUAUCCUGGAGAGCCAGGAGGCAGAGGAGAGACCGGUCACAAGGGCGACCAAGGCCCAGGGGGCAUGCCAGGCAGUGACGGGGAGCCUGGAGAGGAUGGUCCACUUGGAGUUCCUGGGGUGAUCGGCUUUCCUGGAGAGUUUGGACAAAAGGGAGCGAAAGGGGAUCGUGGUGUGAGGGGACCUCCUGGGAGAGUAGGAGCUGGGGGGCCUCAAGGAUAUAGAGGAGAUGCAGGAGUUCCAGGGAAACCAGGACCUAAAGGCCUGCAGGGCCAACCUGGAGCCAAGGGGGAGACAGGACCCGAUGGUGAGAAGGGUGGGGUUGGAAGAACUGGAGUGAAGGGAGGGAAAGGAGACAAGGGAAGUUUUGGAGCACGUGGUGACAAAGGACAGCAAGGAGAGAGAGGUACCAUUGGCCCUGAUGGCAUUGUUGGACCGAAAUGGACCCCCGGCAUCCCAGGCUCCAGAGGAGAGCCAGGUCCAGACGGUGACCUGGGCGUCAAAGGUGGCUCUGGACCUAAAGGGAGUGCCAGGUGCCCCCUGUGCGGCCCUGGGCUGACAGAUGAGCAGGUAUUGCAGCUGUGUAAAGGAGUGGUGACAGCCCAGAUCUCCCAGUAUGCAGCUUCCAUCCGGGCCAAGUGUUCCCAAGGCUGCCCCAUCAACAACCGCACACUCAUUGGGCCGCGAACCAGGGGACCAACUGGAGAAUCAGGCAAACCCGGUAAAGCAGGCAAAGCUGGAGUCAAAGGAGCCAGGGGCAUCCAAGGGGACACAGGAAUGGAUGGUCAGAAGGGGGCAGAGGGUGAAAGAGGUACAAAAGGUCCGAAAGGAAAGGGGGGUGAGCCUGGUAAAGGUCUGCCAGGACACGAUGGGCAUCAAGGCCUCAGAGGGCUGCCAGGUCACCCAGCAGAGCCAAAGAAAGGUAUGGCAGGUCCCAGAGGGCCCCGUGGUUUCACAGGCGCUUUGGGCCAGCCUGGCAUGGCGGGCAACGCAGGAGUGCCCGGCUUCUGUGAGGCACGGGACUGCAGCAUUCACGCGCCUGUGAUGCGUAAGGAGCAGGGCCUAGUGAAGGGACCCCCGAUCUAA